AUGGGGUCUGAUCCACAAUAUGUCAAGUACCCCGACCUUAUCCUCGCCCAACAUGUCUUCAACCUCUCCAAUCCUGCAUGCACCCCAUCAACCCGUCAGUCAUCCGUAAAGAAGCUGCAAGAUGUCAUCUCCGAACGCAAGAUGGCUCCCUUUUACCGCUUUUUGGCCCACCCGACUGAAGGUAUCUUGAACGCCACCGGAGAAGGAGUGACACAACAUUCUCACGGUGCAGGCACCACCAAACCGCUUAUCAAUUCCAAUAUGCUGGCUUCUCGGAAGUCACCACAGAAGAUUGAUUUCCCAUGGGAUGAAAAGCUGUAUCAGUCUUUAGUGGAUGACAACAAAAAGGAGCUAGAAACUAUUCAAAAGGAGGAAGAACAGGCAGAAGAGGCCGCAGGCGAGACUGAGGUUCAGGCUGCACGAGGGAAACGGGCUGAAUUUUGGGCCCGUGUAGGAGACAAGGACAAAGCCAUCGAGUCGCACGAAGCCCUCCUCGAAAAGACAGGUUUCCUUGGUACCAAGAUUGACUUGGUUCUCGCAAUGACCCGUAUCGGCCUUUUCUUUGGUGAUGCUCAAUUCGUCAAGAAAGCGAUCGAGCGUGCAGAGACCUUGGUGGAGAGUGGUGGUGACUGGGAUCGGAGGAAUCGUCUCAAGGCAUACAAGGGAAUGCACUUGCUCACAGUGCGCUGCUACAGCCUUUCCGCACCUCUCCUCCUUGACAGUCUAUCCACAUUCACGAGUUACGAGCUCUGCAGCUACUCUUCAUUGGUGAUCUACUCAGUGCUUGCAGGUUCCCUGUCCCUGAAGCGGGUGGACUUUAAGGCUAAGGUGGUGGACGCUCCCGAGAUCAAGGCUAUUCUUGGUACCGACGAAGCCACAUCUGGUCCUGGCUCACGGGAUGAAGAAAUGAAGGAUGCACCGGCCACCACCGGUACCUCCACUAUCGUCAACCUAGCUACACUGGGAACUGGUGCCAGUGAACAACCAGAGAAUGAGACCCCCGUAGACUUCUCGCCCCUCGCCAGCCUCGUGAACAGUCUGUAUAAUGGCAACUACCGCUCCUUCUUUGUGGCUCUUGCUGGCGUUGAGGAUCAUUUCUUGACACAAGAUCGCUACUUGCACGAGCACCGGGCAUGGUUCGUCCGUGAAAUGCGUCUUCGCGCCUACCAGCAGCUGCUGCAGAGCUACCGGGUGGUUGGACUGACUAGUAUGGCCAACGACUUCGGCGUGACAGUGGACUAUCUGGACCGGGAUCUGGCCAAGUUCAUCUCCAGCAACCGCAUUGCAUGCACUAUUGACCGUGUCAAUGGAAUCAUUGAGACCAACCGACCAGACGACAAGAACAAGCAGUAUGCAGAUGUUGUCAAGCACGGUGAUUCCCUGAUUACGAAGCUUCAGAAGUAUGGACAGGCUGUUCGUCUUCGGGGAAGCGAGCGGGCUUAG